AUGGCCUUGGGAGAGCUAGUCCCAAAGAUCAAGCACUGGAGACCUGGCCUGCCCCUCUUUGGAGAUGUGGCUAUUGCACUCCGGAAUGCUGGCUCCACCUGCCACCAUGAGCAUAUGAGAGCUGGCUCCACCUUCGCCAGAGAUUCCCAACUGCCUUCAUAUGCACCUAUGGAAACAGCUAUCCAGAUGCCUCAAGAGCCUACAAGCAACUUGUCGCAAAUGUCUCAAAAUCCCCUAAUGCACCCAGGAGUUCCAGUGCAAUCAAGGCUCCAAAAUCAUCUAUCAUCUGGUUACCUAGGUCUUAUGGUGCCUUCAGAUGACUAUGGUGACCAGCAAGUUCAUCCUAAGGCUGCAAGGAUUCAACAGAAGGAACGCACUGUUUACUCCAAGAAACAAAAGCUCCUCCUCCAAAAACAUUUUGAUCAGAACAUGUAUCCAAGCCUGGAGGAAUGUGUGGCACUGGCACUCAUGAUUAGUGUGACCAAGUUUGAGAUCCAGAACUGGUUCAAGAAUCAGCGUGCUAAGCACAAACAGAAGAAUCUGCAGGAAACUGAAGAAGGACUGCUAGAGUCAAGUGGAAGCUCAAAAGAUGUUUCUGGACCCACCCAUUCCCAUUGUCACUGA